UCCAUGAGUGGACCAGCCUUUGUUUCCUUCUCUUUCGAAGGGGCAAUACGCCAUCCACCUCAAGGGCAAUGCCAUGGUUCACCAAGGCAUCCUUCACCCCAAGAAUUGUCCACCAUUCUCUCAGCGCCUCUUCUCCCAUCUCCCACUGCAGCUCUGCUGCACGAACCAUGCUCCUUCCAAUGCCCUCCUUCCUGCCCCCGGCCCGCGUCGACGACCUGCUUCUUUCUGUCCUCCUCAAACACCAGCCGAAGCGAGGUCCGUCACUCCAGGUGCACUCCGUACUCGUCAUCACCGCUCUCCACCGCAACCACAUGGACCAUACUGGCAUCAGAGUGUGGAAUACCCUCAUCAGGCACUACGCGCUGGGCUGCUUCCCCCAGGAAGCCAUCCAUCUCUACAAACAAAUGGAACGGCUCUGCUGCUGCCACCCCCUCCCCACUGACACCUUCACCUUCUCCUUCCUCCUCAAGUCCUGUGCUAACUUGUCGCAGCCCUGUGCCGGUGCUCAGUUCCAUGGCCUCACAGUCAAGAAAGGCUUAGCUUGUAAUGUCUAUGUGGAUACAGCCCUCGUCAAUAUGUACGCGACUUGUGGCUCUUUGGUGGAAGCUAAGAGGGCGUUCGACGAAAUGCCCAACAAAAACUCCGUUUCUUGGAACGCCAUGAUUACCGCAUUGGCGAGUUGGGGCGAGCUCGCCUUUUCUAGAUUGCUUUUCAGUCAAAUGCCUGACCGCAAUGUGAUCUCCUGGACCGGCUUGAUCGAUGGGUACACCCGAGCUGACCGACCACUUGAAUCAUUCUAUCUGUUCCGCCAGAUGAUGGCAGAAGGUUUAAUGCCAACGGAGAUCACGGUGCUAGCCAUAGCUCCUGCCAUCUCUAGUCUCGGAGCUCUCGAUAAGGUGCAAGCGUUGCAUGCUUAUUCCGAGAAGCGUGGCCUUUCUUUGUUGGAUGUGCGGGUCGAGAAUUCUCUGAUCGACAUGUAUGGGAAGUGUGGCUCUAUGGAGGAUUCAUACAAGUUCUUUGAGCACAUGGGAAGCCGCAGGAAUUUGGUUUCGUGGACUUCGAUAGCCUCUGGAUUUGCAAUGCACGGAAUGGCGAAUGAGGCCAUGAAACUGUUCGACGAAAUGAGGACCCGAAACUUUAAGCCAAAUAGAGUGACAUUCCUGAGCAUGUUGAAUGCCUGUAAUCAUGGGGGGCUUGUGGAAGCAGGAUUGAGGUUAUUCAUCAGCAUGGUGUAUUAUUACGGCAUCGAGCCAGAGAUUAAGCACUAUGGUUGCAUGAUUGACUUGUUGGGAAGGGCAGGCAGGUUGAAAGAGGCAGAGGAUAUGAUAGCUGGGAUGCCAAUGGUGGUGAAUGUUGUUGUGUGGAGGACCCUCCUGGGUGGCUGCAGCAAGCAUGGUGAGGUGGAAAUUGGUGAAAGGGUGAUGAGGAGGAUAAUGGAAUUGGAAAAGGGUUAUAGUGGAGACUAUGUUGUCUUGUCUAAUAUGCUUAUUGAGGCUGGUAGGUUUGAUGAUGCCGAGGGAGUGAGGAGGCUGAUGGAUGAAAGGAAUGUUCCAAAGGUUCCUGGUCUCAGUUUGAUUACUUGAAACUUAGAAAAUAACAUAUUUACAUGGUGAAAGAUUUUAUUCUUGGUUUGGUAGGAAAAAUGAAUCAACCAAUUUUACAGGAGAAAUGAGACAAAUGCCCCCUUCUCCUGCAAUAGAUUGAUUUAGACAUGAUGCGGUUGGCUUCAAUCAGGUGUUUGAUCUAGGUUAUCCGAAAAUUAGCUGCAUUUCAAGUUUGUGCAAAUGCUUGGCUCUGUUUGAAUGUGGUCUCAAGUCCAACCAGCAUUUGGAAGAUAAAUCUAAUGGACUAGGUUACUUGGAUUCUGUGUGUGUGGUUAAAUUUUAUACAUUAUUACAAAUUUAAGACUAAAAGUGAUACUAAUGGAGUUGAGUUGUUGUUUUGUAUUA